CCCGACACAUGAUUGGUGACGUCACAAGGCUAACACACCACCAGCUAGCUAGUUAGCAAACAUUGUAAUAAUAGCUGUUACGCCUUAUUCUUUUAGUUUUGCCAUCGCAACAACCACUGGAAAUGGACAACUCUGGGAAGGAAAAGGAAGCCAUGGCUCUGAUGGCGGAGGCCGAGAAGAAGAUGAAGUCGUCAUCGUCGUUUUUGGGGGCACUUUUCGGGAGCUCAUCCAAACAGGAGGAGGCGUGUGAGCUGUAUGUGAGAGCAGCUAACAUGUUCAAGAUGGCCAAGAACUGGUGCGCUGCAGGAAACGCCUUCUCUCAAGCGGCGCAGCUCCAUCUUCAGAUGCAGAGCAAACACGAUGCCGCCACCAACUUCAUAGACGCCGGAAACGCGUUCAAAAAAGCAGACCCACACGAGGCAAUCAACUGCCUAAGUCGAGCCAUUGAGAUAUACACAGACAUGGGGAGAUUCAAUAUUGCUGCAAAACACCACAUUGCAAUCGCAGAGAUCUUUGAGACUGAGCUGGUGGAUGUCGAUAAGGCCGUAGCUCACUAUGAACAGGCUGCCGAUUAUUACAAAGGAGAAGAAUCCACCAGCUCGGCUAACAAGUGCCUUCUCAAAGUGGCAACCUAUGCAGCUCAACUAGAGCAGUACCCCAAAGCCAUUGAGAUUUAUGAACAGGUUGGGACCCAUGCAAUGGACAGCACCCUCCUCAAGUACAGCGCCAAGGACCACUUCUUCAAAGCUGCCCUCUGCCACUUCUGUGUGGACAUGCUCAACGCAAAGCUUGCAGUACAGAAGUACGAGGACAUGUUUCCUGCUUUUUCUGACUCUCGGGAGUGCAAGCUGGUGAAGAAACUUCUAGAUGCUUGUGAAGAGCAGAAUGUGGAAGCGUAUACUGAUUCGGUCAAGGACUACGACACCAUCUCCAGGCUGGACCAGUGGCUCACCACGAUGCUGCUUCGGAUCAAGAAGACCAUUCAGGACGAGGAGAGUAACCUGUGCUGACUCACCCCCCCCCCCCCC